AUGAAUCGGUUUGUUCUUCUGUUCCUCUCCUUCCUUGUCGCCAUCUCGCUUGCGUGCAGACAGCAAGAGCGCAGCGUUGCUGUCCCUUCCUCGAGAGGCAUAGUCGGCGGUAUUACUCCCAUAACCAAGGAGGACAUGAAUGAGAUGAUGUUUCAGGACGCUCUUACAGAGGUAAUGAAGAAUUUAGACGAAGUGAACGAAUGUCACUCCUUCCGACUUGUCAAAGUUAUUGAAGCUACACAACAGGUUGUCGCUGGAAUGAAAUAUGUCGUAAAGCUAGAGGUCACUCCUAUCUAUUCCAGUGAUAAUGGCGAGGAAUGUUCAAAGCCUUGCUACCAUGGUUUAAGUGGAAAUAAGCAAGCAAUAGCUGCGAUUGUGUAUCAACCAUGGAGGGAUCCCAAGCAUCACAUCACUUUUAAGCCCAACAAUGAAGGUUCUGCAGAUUUCAGUAAAAAUGGAAAGCUAAUUACUAGCUGUGAAUUACCAGAAGGGACGAUUCUGUCCCCUAAAGAAAUGACAUCAGAACAAUUUCAAGAGGUGGUCCGAAGUGGUAUCGAAAGAUUGGAUAGAAAUGCCAGCAGAUGCUUUCGGUACGAGCUCAUGGAUGUGAUUGAAGGAAAGAGAAUGAUGACCUCGAACCUGAAGUAUGAAUGGAGGAUGAAAGUGAAGAGAAUUUACGAUGAGUCUAUGCUUGGUUGUAUUGGUGCCUGCGCCGACGACUGCUCAGGCAUUGAAAUUUACAGGGCCAGUGCCUUCGCAAGUCCGUUCCACGGCGGAACACCAGAGAUCCUGAGUAUUGAGUAUCAAGACCCCACAGCCCUAUGA